AUGAAGUCGUUCGCUGUUGUGUCUUCUCUGCUGCUCCUGGGCGCUGCUACUGCGCAGGAGGUUCAAUCUAAGCCAUUCGAGUUGAUUAUUGAAUCUGCCAAGAAAAGCUACAAUGGCCAGCAACUGAGUGCUUGUCAUACCGGAGCUGCCAUUGAAUCGCUGUGCCUCGCGGGUAACAGCGGCACCCAUUUCUAUCUCAACACCACAAAAGGCGAGGAAGCGCCGAUCAAAGGCUCGGGACUCCCCGGUACUUUGGUUUGGAAUCUUCCGAUCGGGAAUGAGCCUACUCCUGUGUCCGAGCCAAUGAGCUUCUCCGUUGACCCGUCUACCAAUGUUGCUAUGCCCCUGUUCAUGCCGUCCUAUAGUGAGCAGCAGGUUACUUUCGGCUCUGAUAACCUGCUGGGUAUCUACCGCUAUUAUGACGACACUGUCACCCCGCCUUCUGAUGAUAAGGUCUCCGUCUUGAGGAACUGGUAUGUCUGUGAAACCAACUACAGUGGUUACCAGUACAGCACUCUGAACUGGGUUCUGGGAGAUGCCAAGGCAAAGCCUCAGAACCCAAGCUGUGUCAAGGUCCAGGUCAAGCGCAAGUUCAUUUAG